AUCGCAGACAUCUAUGAUCGAAAGUGGUAUAAGUUUCCGUGAUUCAGUCCGAACUGAUUACGUCGGUCUCCCGAAAAAUUCAAAUUAUUUGAGCGUAGGUUGAGUAGAAGUCUUUGUAACAACGGGAAACUAUUUGGGUGAUGGGAAGCUAAAAAGAGUGAUAAGGGCACAGGUAGUUUGCAAUACUCGCCAUCCACAUAGUGUUAAUCAAUAAGUGUUUAUUGUACAGCUUUCUGUUCUGCCCUACUAUACAACUCUGAGAUCUAGUUGCUAUCAACAAAUGAUAUGGUAAGUUGACUGGUUUCUUCAUUCGACUGCUCUCAUGUGGUGAAAUCAUUUAACAAUAAUGUUGAAGACAGACAUGAAAUAUCAUGCUAGCUAGGUGAUGAUAAGGUUGUUAAUCACCACUAACUGAAAUGAGUGAAAUGAUUGCUUAGAUUAAUCAUAUUGCUGGAAAAUAUAUGCAAAACUGGUUCCAUCAACCUUAUCACGGGUGUUUGUCACCCAGAUUUCAACAAAAAAAACUAACUAAUCCUAUUUUUCACAUAGAGAAUCUAGAAGAGCCUAAUAUCCUUGGUUAUACGAAGCCUAGAUAGUUGUUAAAAAGAACCAGGCUGCUGGAAUACAGGGAACAAAUAUAUGUAUGCCAGUUAUUAUUUCUGUCAAUAGGUCUUGUGAUAUUUUCUGGCUGUAAUUAUCGUUAACUUCUAUCAAUGACUAGUUACAACUGAGCGUCGAUAGUCGUACUUAUUUUAAACAGCUUGCUGAGGAUUAUCUCUCAUCUGGUCGCGAUACUUUACAACUUAUACGCAAGAACCCUAUACGUUCCUUUCUCUGGAGUUCUUCAAUUUUAAGUGUAUCAUACAUUGUACACACUCGUCCAGAUAAGAAAGAUUAUUAUGCGUCUCUUAUCGAAUCUGCAAUUGACCUGUGGGAAGUCCCAGACUUUAUACGCAACUCCAAAAGUGCAUGCUAUGUUCACAGAUGCCUUCAGUUGUAUUUCAAAGAACAGCUUAGAUAUAGUAACUUUGGUUUAUUCACUGUUAUCUGGCGUGAUGAUCGCUGUCAGUCAUGUUGUCAGUACGCAGAGGUCUGUAAUUACACAUAUCCUGCUAACGGAGGUGGAAAUUUUACGAGCCUCAUUCGUCUAUUCUUAUUUGAUCGACCUCAAGAGAAGGGUUGGCUACGCAUCCGAAAUAUUGUUAACGACCGUAUAUUGGAUUUCGGUUUCAUGGGGAAAUGGUGGCUUAUGUCACACUAUAUGGAAGACUAUGAUGUUAAUCCUGAUGAAUGGGAGAAUGGUACCCAAUUUACGUGAAAGAAAAUCAACCGGUAGUACUGCUAAAAAGAAUGUGGAGACAAGCCAGGCUUCUUGUUCACACGUCCAAAAAUCGUCCACCGAAACUGAAAUUAACCAUAACCAAAAUAGUGAUGCUUUGUGUUUAGACAGUUCUACUAGUAACACAGAUGAAGACUGGGAAGUACUAAAUGAAGAGAAUUUGUUUGUUGACUGCCAGGGCUUGCUCGAAGAUGAUAUCUUAACGCCGAACAGUGUUAUUCAUCUUGUUGAUCUAGAAUCAGAGAAACCUCUUAUGCAGGUUGGACCGGCAGUUUUUGAAGGACAUUAUGAAGAUGUUGUUGGUACAUAUUUGUUGUUUGAAAAUUGUAAAUCUCCACUGGAGAGUACUCUGUUCGCAGAAAGUGGGACAACUACAUUUUCAAAUCGAAAGGUAGAUGAACAGACACAAAAUACAGCAAACUAUGUUACUAAAUGCUCGAAAUCACUUGCAUUUCAACGUAUUUUCCUCAAAACGAAAGCUGAAUAACACUAGCAGCAACCUUGCUUAGUAUUACUAGUACCAAUUUUAACUCCUGAUUCUGUAUACGUUUAUAGAUACCUAUGUUUAUGUGAUGUGAAUAUAUUCGUUCAAUGAUAA